UCUUUUUUCUGGUCCUCCUUUUCUUUCGACUAUACUGCCCCGCUGUUCCAACGAUUGCUUAUCACCUUCUCUUCUUCCCUCUUCCUUUUCUUCUACCAGCCAGCCCUCUUGACGAAAACACCGGCCUGCUCGUCCUCCCUCACUCUCUUUUCACUUUCGACUAGUCGUCGAACCUUUCGCUCUUUUAACCAACAAAGCCCGAGAAGGCCACACUCUUUUUUACGUUUUUCUCACUUUCAUCGACUAUCCUGUCUUUCCUGUCACGAUGAAGUUCCCCAUCGUCGCCGCCUAUGCGGCUUCCGUUCUCUCAACAGCUGGUCUGGUUGCUGGUGACCCGAACGUCAUUCAGGUUCGCGCCGAGGACCUCCAGGUCCGCAAGCAUGGCGGUCACAGUUUCAAGAUUUCCCAGAUUUUCAACCACAAAUACCAGCACAAGGUCAAGGGCAAGGGCAUCAGAGAUGUCGCCAAGGUCUACCAAAAGUUCAACAUGGAGUUCCCCGACCACCUUCGCCAGGCCCUCAUCCGCGUCUUUGGCGACCUGGGCCUCAAGGUCCCUGGCAACAUCAACGCCUUGAACAAUGGCCUUUUCGGACCCAGCGAGACUGUUGGUAACCAGGGUGAGGUUGUUUCUACGCCUGUCCAAUUCGAUGUUCAGUAUCUCGCCCCCGUCCAGAUCGGUACCCCGCCUCAGACGGUCAACAUGAACUUCGACACCGGCUCUUCCGAUCUCUGGGUUUUCAGCUCCGACACCCCUGCCAAGCAGCGCAACGGCCAGAAGAUCUACAACAUGACCGAGAGUACCACUGCUGGGCGCGUCGACGGUCAUGUUUGGAGGAUCUCGUACGGUGACGGCAGCAGCUCGUCCGGAAAUGUCUACACUGACAAGGUCAGCAUUGGCGGCGUCGAGGUGGAAAAGCAGGCUGUUGAGGUUGCCACCCAUGUGUCCAACUCUUUCACCAAUGACGCUGCCUCCUCCGGUCUCGUCGGUCUCGCCUUUGACUCCAUCAACCAGGUCAGCCCCCGCAAGCAAAAGACCUUCUUCGGCAACGCGAUCGAGGACCUAGCCAUGCCGCUGUUCAGUGCCAAUCUCAAUAAGGCUGAGCCUGGCAACUACAACUUUGGCUUCCUCGACACUACCGAGUUCGUCGGCCCCAUCAGCUUCGUCGACGUCGAUUCUUCAAAGGGUUUCUGGCAGUUCGAGGCCACCGGCUUCACCCUUCCCGCCUCCAACUGCACCGAGUCCAACAACAAGACCGGUGUUUUCCAGUCCGUGCCCCACACCGGCAUUGCCGACACUGGCACCACCCUCCUCAUGCUCCCCCAACCCAUCGUCGAUGCUUACUACACCCAGAUCGCCAAGGCCCGCAGCGACAACAACUAUGGUGGUUAUGUGUUCCCCUGCAACGCCGACCUCCCGGAUCUCAUCCUCCACAUUGGCUCUUACCAGGCUCGCCUCACCGGUGAUCUCAUCAAGUACGCUCCCGCCGACACCGAUGACUUUGCGACGGCCAAGUGGUGCUACGGUGGCCUCCAGAGCUCCCAGGGCUUCCCCUUUGCCAUUUACGGAGACAUCUUCUUCAAGUCCCAGUUUGUUGUGUUCCAGGGCGGUGAGCUCGAUAAGAAUGACUGGUCCAAGGGCGCUAAGUUGGGCUUUGCUGCCAAGCCUGGCACCGAGCUCCCCAAGGAGACGAAGGUGGCGCAGGACAUUCUGCCCAUCAACAACGUCACUAGCAUCCUUUCCCGCAGACGCACUGGUGGUGCUUCUUCUCGUCGCACUGACUAAGUUGUAAACUCUGUUACUCUGGUU